AUGCCAGAAAAUAAUGUGGCUGCCGAUCCCUCCACGGAUAUCGACACAAAUGCCCUUGAAAAGAACAUAUUCGUCGACACUACCAACCUUCGAUAUGAAGCGACGCCAAUUAACCCAGAAAUCGAGAGAAAAGUAUUGAGGAAGAUAGAUUUGUUUCUCAUGCCUGCAAUGGUGAUUGGCUAUGGCUUAGUCUAUUAUGAUAAGGCACUCCUUGGCAAUGCUGUUCUCUUUGGAAUGACCGCAGACCUUCAACUCUCUGUCACCGAUACCUCCGUCAGCCCUCCUGUAACUGACACUUCUAGGCUGAGCUGGGCAACUUCCAUCUUCUAUUUUGGCCAAUUGGUCGGCUCGUAUCCCCUAACAUACAUGCUGCAAUACUUCGAUACAAGAUAUGUUCUUGGCCCAACAGUUAUACUGUGGGCGAUAACAUGUGCCGCCACAGCAGGCGUCACUACUUGGCAAGGCCUCUUUGCGCAGAGAUUUUUCCUAGGUUUUACUGAAUCGAUUAUCCCGACUUGCUUCAUGGUAACAGUUAGUGGUUUCUAUACCCAGUCAGAGCAGGCUCUACGGCAAAGUUGGUGGUGGUCAGGAACUGCCUGGUUCACUAUCAUAGGUAGCGCCAUUAGUUAUGGAUUCGCUCAAGUUGAGGGAUCGUUGAGGCCGUGGCAAUACGUCUUCAUUCUUGCUGGGGCGUUGACGUUCCUUUUCGGGAUUUGGUGUUUCUUUCUCCCAAACUCGCCUGUUAAUGCAUGGUUCUUGGACCCAGAGGAACGAGUCGUGGCUACAGAGCGACUCCGAACUGGUCAGACUGGAUUGAAUAACCAGAAAAUCAAGCUAUCACAGAUCAAGGAAGCCGUGUUGGACAUCAAGCUUUGGUUGAUCUGUAUAACCAUGAUCUCUGCGUAUACCGUGAACGGUGCAGUAUCCGGUUUUGGUCCACUGAUUGUGUCGACAUUCGGAUAUUCUACCUUGGAGAGUAUUCUCUUCCAAUUUCCCCUAGGUGGUAUAGCAGGAAUAGGAAUCAUCGGGACUGGCUGGCUAUGCUCCAAGUAUCGCAACAUCAGAGUAAUGAGCUUGGUUAUAUGCUGCCUGCCGGUAAUAGCUGGAUUCAUCAUGAUCUGGAAAUCAGAUUGGGGUUUCAAACCGGCUGUGCCAGUCGCGGGAUACUCACUGCUGGGGUUCUUCGGACCGGUCGUGGCUCUAACCAUCUCCCUCGGAGCUGGAAAUGUUGCAGGUAGCACGAAACGCAGCUUCACAGCAUCUGCUAUAUUCGUAGCCUAUUGUGUGGGUAAUAUUAUUGGCCCCCAGUUGAUUCGCAGCCAGACCAAGGGUCAACACUAUCCAGAGCUAUGGACUGGUUUGAUUAUUUGCUACUGCAUCACGAUCACGUCUGCAUCCCUUCUCUAUGUACUUUGUUCGCGUGAGAAUAAACACCGGGAGUCGCUUGCUUUAACAGAGUCCGAGCGUGUGCGAUUAGGCUUUGAGGAUUUGACGGAUAAAGAGAAUGUCUAUUUCCGAUAUGUUUACUAG